AUGAAAAUAUAUUUUCUAUACAUAUUCGCUAUUGCGAAAUUGUUAAGCUUGGCAGCGGCUAACUAUUGUGAUGCAUCAUUGUGUCCGGCAGGUGUGCAACAUGUCGCCUGUAAUCACACUGGGAAUUUCGAUUCAACCUGUCCCAAGGAUGCUGCCAUGGUACAAAUCGGACAAACAUUGCAAAACGUUAUUGUCAAUGCUCACAAUAACAAACGUAAUUUUAUUGCUGGCGGCAAAGUGGCCAAAUUUAAGCCCGCCUGUCGUAUGGCCACAAUGCGAUGGGCUCCUGAAUUAGCUAAAGUAGCAUCGUACAAUGUACGCCAGUGUAAAAUGUCUCAUGACAAAUGUCGCAAUACACAAAAAUAUAAAUUUUCUGGACAAAAUUUAGCCUGGAGAUCGUUUACGGGAACACCGAAUAAACAAGAACUCGUAAAAGCAGCCAUUAAUGCUUGGUAUUCGGAAGUUAAAAACACCCAAUGGCAACAAAUUCAGUCAUAUCCUGCAACCUACAAGGGACCAGCAAUUGGUCAUUUUACAGCCAUGAUGGGUGAACGGAACAUUGCCGUGGGCUGUGCUGCCUCCACCUAUUCUACCAAGGGUGUUAAAUAUAAGACAUUUUUAAUUGCUUGCAAUUAUGCCACAACCAAUAUGAUUAAUAAGCCCAUUUAUAGAGGUUGUGCAAAACCUGCUGCCCAAUGUAAAGCUGGCAAAAAUUCGAAAUUUCCAAAUUUAUGCGCUCCCAAAGAAGCUUACAAUGUUAAUAAAUGGUAA